GAUAUAUAACUCUGACCGUGAGAUAUAGAUUUUCUUUUGGUCGUAGAAAGAUCUUCAGUGUCAGAUUGCAGUUAUUUAUAAACUGUCAGUUUCAAUGACACUACCAGUUGUUUACAUUAUUCUCAGCAAUAAGGAUGAUGUGCUUUUCUGAACCACAUUAUUGCCAAUACGCUUGUUUUUGUAGUAGAACGUUCCUGUGAAAUUGGACCCUUUUUUUCAUCUGAAAAAGUGCACUGAAUUUGGAAGACUGUUAAAGAAAAAGAGGGCAUAACAAAGACGUUUAGUUAGUGGACACAACAUUCGGUUCAUGGCAUAACAAGCCUUUGUUUUGGUUCAAGUGUGUACAACAACACACAAGGGGGAAGUUUACAGUCAUUCUUCUUCAGCCCCUGGACGGGAUGCACCAUGGGCAGCCAAGGCAGCCCAGUGAAAAGCUACGACUACCUGCUCAAGUUCCUCCUGGUUGGAGACAGCGAUGUGGGCAAAGGAGAGAUCCUGGACAGCCUGCAGGAUGGAUCAGCAGAGUCUCCGUAUGCUUACAGUAGUGGUAUCGACUACAAAACCACCACCAUCCUUCUGGACGGGAGGAGAGUGAAGCUGGAGCUUUGGGACACGUCAGGACAGGGGAGGUUCUGCACCAUCUUUCGAUCAUAUUCCCGCGGGGCUCAGGGGAUCCUGCUGGUGUAUGACAUCACAAACCGCUGGUCGUUUGACGGCAUCGACAGGUGGAUCAGAGAGAUCGAUGAGCAUGCACCAGGCGUUCCUCGAAUCCUGGUCGGUAACCGGCUGCACCUGGCCUUCAAACGGCAAGUUCCCACGGAGCAGGCACGGGCGUACGCCGAGAAGAACGGCAUGACCUUCUUCGAGGUGAGCCCGCUGUGCAACUUCAACGUCAUCGAGUCGUUCACGGAGCUGUCGCGCAUCGUGCUCAUGAGGCACGGCAUGGAGAAAUUCUGGAAGCCCAACAGAGUGUUCAGCCUGCAGGACCUGUGCUGCAGAGCCAUCGUGUCGUGCACGCCGGUCCACCUCAUCGACAAGCUCCCGCUGCCCGUCGCCAUCAAGUCCCACCUCAAGUCCUUCUCCAUGGCCAACGGCAUGAACGCCGUCAUGAUGCACGGACGCUCGUACUCGCUGGCCAACCCCGCCGGUGGCUCCAAGGGGAACAGCCUGAAGCGCUCCAAGUCCAUCCGUCCGCCGCAGAGCCCGCCGCAGAACUGCACCCGCAACAACUGCAAAAUCUCCUAAUGAACGGUGGGGAGGCGGUUGCACAGGAUGAAAAAAAGAGCACAUCCCUAAACCUGAGGAGCUGAAGAGCAAAAAUGAUGGAUAAAGGGAUCCUGCUCUCUUAAAGAGCCUUUCCAGGGGAGCAGCGCCUCCGGAUAUCAGGAGGAGAGCACGGGAAAAACGUCUCCACAGACCGGAUCCCCCACGAGAGUCCCCGCUGGCGUUUUAACUACAUGUACAGAAAUCUCUCACAAACGUAUUUAGUUCCUCGACAUGAUGCACGCCUCAUCGUGUCUGUGCAUCACAGAAAUCACCUCAACACUCUUCACUUUUUAUGUCUCACAUUUCCCUCUUUCUUCCACUUUUAUGUCCACACCUCAGUUUAUUUGCUGUUUUAAUGACCAAUAAGCUAAUGAUCAAGACACUAGUAACCAGCCAGUCCCUUUUAUUGAUCAUUGUUUGUGCUCAGCUGGCUGUAACGGUUUUUUUUGCACACUCACGGGAGAAUUCACAAAGACUGGAUUGCAGCGGCUGAUAGCAAAGUCCCUCACGAUAGAAAACACACCCCUGAUGUUUUGCAGUGCAAUCUGCCAUAUCCUUGCAGCAUGGAUACAAGGCACAAAGAACAGACCGUGAGCUGCACAAAAUGCAGUCAUUCUUAAAAAAACUUACGGCAAGGAAUGUCAAUGUGACAAAGAGAAACCAUUCUCUGAAGUCUCUUCUAAUUUCACUGAAACUGCUUCUGGUUAUUUGCGCUGAUCUUUUUUGGCAGGCGUAUAAAAAGGCCGAUUUUGUGCCAAGUUUCUGCAUAUGACCAAAUUGAAAUGCAUGCAAACAUCACAGCAGCACAUAGAGCGUUGAGACUGACAUGUUUCUCUUUGUCUUAUCCACAGAGGUUGAGCCGCAGAAGUCGUGCAAUCUUUUUUGUGAAUUCGCCCGUUGUUCUGCCUCGGAAGUUGAAAUGUUUUGAGUAACUCUCUGAAGGGAAAUCUUGGCGACAAGUUCAGUGAUGGUUUAACAGCUGGAGUGUUCAGGACCACCUCCCUCUUUAAAAUCAUUUAAAAGACACAGCCUGAUCCAGAGCUCAGGUUUAUUUGUGAAUAUUCCCGUAUAGCUGUGAAUAAAAACACAUACUGCAUUUUUAAUGAGUCCGUUCACCAACACAAACUCAAAUCAGGGAGUCAAAUUCGUUUCUCGUUUCUCGCUAUUUUACGUUUUAUUGUUGACACAGCCACCUGCCGCGGCAAGGCAACCAGCGAACCAGUGAUGCUUGUUGCCAUGGAUACCACUCAAUAGUUUUGGGUGAAAUAUUUAUUUUUAACUAGCAGCCACUUCUGGAAGAAGAGCAGUACAUGAUCGCAGGAUGCUGCGGUUCAUUUUAUAUUUCUCAUAUUUGUCGAUAAUUCCCAUUAUAAGCUUAGUCCUUUUUUGCCACAAGUGCUUCUGGGAGUUGUAGUCAGGAGAGGUAAAGCUUCACACUGUUUGGAUACAGGAAGAGCUUACUUUAUACUAGCACUCUUCCCCCCCACUCUCCCAAAUGUUUAGAAACAGCUGCUUCUUGUUGUUUUCACGUCCAGGCUUUUAGUUCAACACUUAUAAAAGGAUAUGCUCCGUCAGGGCGGAACUCAAAUAGCAGGGGGGGAUAUCUUUUUAAUCCUCCAGUUUUUCUGCAUUGUGUGGAAUUCCCCCAUCCCUCCCAGGCGUGAUUUCCAUACAUUGAUUAGAGGUGGAGCGAGAGGAAGAUAUCUGAGGAGGUGUAGCUGCUCAGCAUGGUGUCAGGUAGAGUGGAAUAUCUGCAGUAUUUACAGUAAACACCGCCUAUGUUUACCACUCUUCUCUGAAUGUCACUCACUCCCCUCAGCUCCUCGUCUCCUGCAGUAUCUCCCUGAAGGGUCAAACGGCGGCUUCUGCGCAACAUCACAAUGUAUUGAUCAGAAAUACUGUUAAAAAUACAUUAGGAAUUAAUAUUAAAAGCUUUUAUUAGGUUUAUUCGUUUCAGAAGAGCAAUAGUUUCAAUUAAUUUCAGAGUAACCGGAGGAAAGGGGCAUUUGAUCGGGACUAUUUUCAUGGGAUUUGUUGACAGAAGGCCAAAAAAUCAUCACUUGAAUCAAUCAUGACAAAACCAUUAGCAUCCACGUGAUAACCCCCCUGUUCUCACUCCUGGCUGCAUUCAUGUCCAGUGGGAAACGGCAGAUUCGAGUUGUAAACAUUGUUCUAAUUUGUAAGGUUAAAGGUGGAUUCUUCCAAGUCCCUGAUUUGUAAUCUCCCACGGGAAUGAAAGCAGCACUUCUCCCUCUCCCCUGCCUCUGAUCUACACCUCUGCCUCUGCAUGCUGUCCCAUGAUUCAUAGUUGCUGAAUAAUAGAUGCUCUUUUUCAUAGAUCUCUGGAGGGCUUCAUCAGUCCGUCUCUUUCAUCCUCUCAGCUCCACCUCGCAGCACCCACCUCGUUUUUUCGAUAACACACACAUACACAUUUUCCUCAGGUGUUCAGUGUGUUUUCUACGGAGGCCCAGAGUGGCUUACACAAAUACGGAGGCAAUGAUUUAGUAGGUUUUUGAACACAAGAUGUUUCAAAAAUUAGGGACUCAAAUUUGGGCAGUACCAUAGGCUCACAAUGACGAUAUAGGUGAUAAUAAUAUUUAUACCACGUUCUCUGGUAAUUAUUAAUAAAUGUUCAAUAAAUAAUCUCAUGGUAAAGCAUGUACACUCUGAUUUUAAAUGAUGGCAAUAAAUGGAAAUAGGCCUAGCAUAACACGCGAUUUAAGCAAUAUUGAAAAAUGCACACAGCAUACAUUUUUCUACCGUUUUCUAUAUAUCAUAAUGUUGCCCGGCCAUAACUCCCGCUUGUUGCCAAGAUAUCCAGAAGAAGUUUCCCUCUCUGUGCUUUCAUCGUUGCUGACUUGUUUUGUCAUAUAUUGUACGUCUAGCCUCUUAUGUGAUAACACACAUUUGUCUCCAUGUUUUGGUUCAACGCCUCCCUUUUUGUUGUAGUAUGGACUUCCUCCUCAGUGUUUGCUGACCCUACUAAAUUGUGUAUCUCCUGAACUGAGUUUCAAUGUUGGAGUUAAAAAAAGAAGAAAAAAAAGGAUGGUGGAAGGUUCCGGGCGGAUAUUGUGGAAGUGUUUGUAUAAAGGAGCGGACUGUUGUGAUAAUGAUGGGGAAAAAAUGUAAAACACUAUUCUGGUAUUUGGCUAAAGCUGCUGAGUAAUCUGAAGUGUGUGUGUGAGAGAAAGAGACAGUGUGUGUGUGUGUGUGUGUGUGUGUGUGUGUGUGUGUGUGUGUGUGUGUUUUGUGAGAAUGUUCCUUUAAACACGAAGCUGAACAUGUUUUUCCUUUUUUUAAAUUAUUGAUUGUACAGUUUUAAGGCAAGGGUAUGAAGAGAUAAGGCUUUUUCACAAUAAAACUAUUGAAUGUUGGAGUCAA